AUGAGAAGACGGACAUCUGCUGUGUGGUCCUAUCCUCGAGAGCACAAGUGGUGGGAUACCAUUGUACCUGAAUUCACUCCAGAACAGUUCAUCCAGAAUUUUCGGGUCUCACGGGAGUCUUUUGAGUACAUCUGUUGUCGCCUCAAGCAUGUGCUUGAACGAAGGAACACCAAUUUCCGCUUGUGUGUACCUGUAAAAAAACGAAUUGCCAUUGCCCUUUGGAAGCUUGCCACUGGCAAUGAGUACAGAAGUGUCAGUCAGCUUUUCGGGGUUGGCGUGAGCACUGUAUUCAACUGUGUGCAGGACUUCUGCAACGCUGUAAUUAAAGUUCUUCUGCCUGUACACAUUAAAUUCCCAGAUUCAAGAAAGUUGAAAGAGAUGGCAGAUGUUUUUGAAAAUCGCUGGGACGUUCCUCAAUGUGUGGGUGCAAUAGAUGGAAGCCACAUUCCAAUAAUAGCACCUGAAAAAUACCCUCGUGACUAUUUUAACAGGAAAGGGUGGCAUUCAAUAGUAAUUCAAGCAGUAGUGGAUGGCAAAGGGCUUUUCUGGGAUUUGUGUGUUGGCCAUCCUGGCAGCGUACAUGAUGCGAGGGUCCUAAGACAGUCUUAUUUGUGGAAGAUGUUGAAUGAUGGACACCCGUUAAACCAAAGCAAAGUACACAUCUCUGGUUAUGAUGUUGGAUACUACCUGAUUGGAGACUCAGCCUAUCCCUUGCAAAACUGGCUGAUGAAGCCAUUUCCAGACACGGGCAGACUAACCCCACAGCAGCAACGGUUCAAUCUCAGGUUGAGUUGUGCAAGGUCAGUUGUGGACUCAAGUUUUGGAAGGCUAAAGGCAAGAUGGAGGUGCCUCUUAAAAAGGAGUGACUGUAAACUGGAGCUGAUAAAGAAGAUGGUUUUGACCUGCUGUGUGCUGCACAAUAUCUGUGAGGAACGUGACCACUUCAGUGACGACCUUUCAGCCAUCCAUAUGUACAUGCAGCCUCCCGUUCAGGCAUUAAUUGAUCACGGACAACCAGAAGGGACGGAUGUACAAGCUGCAUUAUUAGGCUACUUUAACGGACAGGACAGUGAAAUUAUUCAAGUUGCAGUUUAA